GUUGACAUAAAUGGUAAAUAGUUUGAUACCGCUUAACGAGAAUUUCGAGUUCGAGUUCCAUCAAAUACAUAAAACUUUUAUUAAGAGACUCACCCACCAUAAGCCAGAUAUGUAACCCGGCCAAACACAAAAAAAUACAUCUAUCCACACUUAUAUACGAGUAGUUAUAUUCGGUAACUUAACAAAGUAUUACACAAGAGUCCCCACUUUGUUCCUCCUUGAAAGUAAAAAAAUGCUGCCAUUUUUAGACUUUAAUCAAUUGCUAAGCAACCAAAACUAUUGGGCCACUCUCCACUCCUUCAAACAUUCUUCCCUCUCUUUCUACCUUUUUUUAUUACUUCCACCUUUACUACAGUAUUUAUCAACUUUCAAUAUCACUGUUUUUCUUCCUCUCUUCAUUUUUCCCAGAAAAUGAAGUCCUCCAAAUUUGUGACUUCUUUUGGUUCUAAAAGACGAAGAUCCUUUUCAAUAAAGUCCCUUCCGACUCUGGCUUUGCUCUGUGCUGCUGUGUUUAUUGGCAGUGCAUUCGUUAUAACAGAUUAUAAAGAGAGACUCUCACCAAAGGACAUGCUGAAUAAAUUUAUGAGAACAAGAUCUAAGAAGUGUGAGGGGCAAUGUAAACCUAUUGGAACUGAGGGGUUGCCAAAGGGUAUUAUUUCAAGCACUUCAGACUUAGAAAUGCGGCCACUGUGGGGAACACCUGUUAAGAAGAAAAAAAAUAUGAACUUGUUGGCCAUGGCUGUUGGCUGGAAGCAGAAGGAAAGUGUGGACAAAAUUGUGAGGAAGUUUAUUGUAAACAAUUUUUUCGUGAUGCUUUUUCAUUAUGAUGGCAAUGUGGAUGACUGGAAGGAAUUUAGGUGGAGUUCCCGUGCAUUGCAUAUUGUUGCUGCUCAUCAAACUAAAUGGUGGUUUGCAAAGCGUUUCUUACAUCCUGAUAUUGUGUCUCAAUAUUCAUACAUUUUCCUUUGGGAUGAAGACCUUGGAGUUGAAAAUUUCAGUGUUCAACGCUAUCUAUAUGUCAUUAAGAAAGAAGGGCUAGAAAUAUCACAACCUGCCCUUGAUCCUGAUAAAUCAGAGGUCCAUCAUAAACUUACAGCUAGACAAAAGGGCGCACUUGUGCACAGGAGAAUCAACAACGUCCUUCCUGAUGGGAGAAAGUGUGAUGAAAAUAGUACAGAACCUCCUUGCACAGGAUGGGUGGAGAUGAUGGCUCCAGUUUUCUCAAGAGCUGCAUGGCGCUGUGCAUGGUAUAUAAUCCAGAAUGACUUUGUUCAUGCAUGGGGUGUGGACUUUCAGCUUGGUUAUUGUGCUCAGGGAGAUAGAACAAGAAAAGUUGGAAUUGUUGAUUCUGACUAUGUUAUUCACUAUGGUCUUCCUACACUGGGGGGCACAGCACAGAACAAGACUGAUACAGAAGCCUCAAGUCAGGAAGUUGGAAAAGUCUCUUCAUCAGAUUCAUUGCAAGGGGAAACAUCGACCUCCAACAAAACUGAUGCAAGAAACGCAGUGCGAAAACAGUCACUUACAGAUCUAGAGAAAUUCAAGAAUAGAUGGAAGAAAGCAGUAAAAGAUGACGAUUGCUGGACAGAUCCAUUUCAGCGAUCUAUGAAGAAGAAUUGCUGAUUCAUAUGUCUUUGAUCACAACGAUCUUAUUCUUUUGAUUAAAUUAUGUGAAGAUGUUGUAACAGAAGUGACACAUCUCCUAUGAUAAGCAUUAGUUUUCCAGAUAGCUUGUCCUACUGCUGCAUAUAUGACACACCAGCAGAUGGAGGUUUUGUUCGAUAAUUUUUUCUUUGUUUACCUAUACAAGGCAAAAUAUGUAAAGUUGUAAUACCAUUCAUACUUUGUAAUGAAUUCAAACUGAUUAAUAUAUAUAUGAGCUGGGUUUAUUUAUAUUUU